AUGCGGUUCAAAAUUUACUCCAUUUUUCUCCUCGCAAUAUGCUACGCCGCUGAUCCAAGGCUGUACCUUGACCCAUAUUCAGCUGCCGUACAGCGCAUUGACAAGCGAACCACUUCAAUAGCCCACCCGGCUAUUGUCCCCAAAGACACUGCCAAUGAGGGUAUUCCGGAGGCAGAAUCCCCGGUGGAAGACUCCACCCAGCCCGACAAUAAUGUGCAAUCUUCCCUUAAAAAAAGAGCCACCCCGGAGGAUCUGUAUUCGGUUCAAAAAGACGCACCUCUUGAGCUAGUCCAGAUCAGCAUCCCGCCAAAUGCACCCUCCUUAUCCAACUAUAUAUACUAUAUCUAUGAAAAGAGUGCGGGUGAAGGGAUCUACAUCUAUGUCAUCGACCGGGGCGUUGCCCACCCCGACUUUAUGCACCCACACAACACUGAAGGUCGAGAUGCUAUUCAAAGGGAGCUACCAAGAAACCGACGACGACCCGCUAUCCAGACAGAUCUUUCUAAAAAAAAAGGCGAGCACCCUGAAGUUGAUGACGCUCUUAAUUCCCACGGAACGGAAGUCGCAAUAAAAGCCCUCGGAAUCAAAUUCGGAGCGGCUAAAGAAGCAAUUCUAAUACCGGUGAAGAUUGGCGAAUAUAAUCGGGCCGAGACAUCCCAUGGUGUAUUUGCAGCCUGGCACGAUAUCCAAACCAAAGGAGCGAGACGCGCUAGAAGGUCGAUUGUCGUCAUGUCAAUUGGGAGUGUUUUCCCAGAAAAUCUAAACGAUGAAUUCACCAGAGAAAUGUCUGGACUUAUUAGUCACUUACAAUAUCUUGGGGUCCCCUUUGUCACUACCUCUGGGAAUUUCGCCCAAGAAUUCUGGCACGGCCAGCAACGAAUCAACAUCGACACUGUCCCAGCUAUCAUCGCAGCUAGGGGGAAUCCUAUAUCGGUUAUAGGAAACGUGGAUUUCCAAGGAAACUUCUGGUCGACUUCACAGCGUGGGCCUCUUCUAACUGCUAGCGCCGGUGGCCUUUCGGCCACUACGCUAGAUAAAUAUGGUAUGAAAGCCGACGCGACUGGAACCUCGGUCGCAGAUGUCUAA